AUGGCUGCGACACUCAGCCCUAUGGAAGUGACGGAAGGGCACAUUGCGGUAAUGAUUCGUGGUCAACAAAAAGAGAAAGGCCCCAAUCGCCCAGAGAAGGUUAUCCGCCCACGAUGGGGUUAUCCAGCUAAGCGAGGAGAUCAGCCUUCCCCCUGCAGUGAUAAUGAGCGACAACCCCGCUCCAACCUGUAUGCCCUUGAUGACAGGAAUCGGAAUGGCGUUCGUGAACAAGCGCAAGAGACCCGUGAUGCUGAAAAGGAAAAUGCAAGCAGCCACGAAGAGGCCGGCGGCAGCGAUCUGGCCAGGGCUGAAGGAAUUUGCGAUCGCAACGGCAGCAAUCGCUUUCAUCGGCUGCACAGGGAGCGGUAUCCCAAAGACAAGCCCUGUAAGGAUAUUGAACACGCCGGAGAAGAUCAGCGUGCUGGACAGAGAAAUGGUUCCAUUGACCGUCAGGGCGAUGGCGAUGGGCAAGAAGGUGCCCAGAUCGCCCAGCGAACCCGAGAUCUCAGAGAAGGGCUGCUCUCUGAAGACCCUGAGAUUGCGGGCGGAGAUUUCGCGGAAAGUCUGUAUUGCCAUAGCGGGGUGGAGAUAAGAUCGUAA